ACCGACCAUUUAAAGACCCCUUGCAAAAAGGAGAAGAAAAGAGACCUCGAUCGAAUUGAUAUUAUCACAUCUUUCUUUGUUGAUUUGAUGAAAAUGGCAUCCAUGCAACUCGCUAGAGCUACUCUUUUUAGCCUCUCAAAAGCUUUCCCUAUAGUUCGAUCUCCCUUAACUCUGGCUGCUUCUUCGACCCGGAAAGUCUCUCGCGUGUGCUUUGCCUCCUCCGUUAGCCAUUCCGAGGGUAGAGAUCCGGUAGAGAAUGCUAGAGACUCAAGGGCAGAUGUACCUUACGGUUCAAAGAAAUGGAGGGAGAAUACCGAAGAAAACUAUGCUCAAGGAGCUAAAGACAAAGCUAAUGAAGGAGCGAGCAAAGCAGCUGAUAAAGCUUACGAGACCAAAGAGCAGGCGAAAGGCACAGCCUACGAAGCAAAGGAGAAGGCUAAAGACUACGCGGAACUGACAAAAGACAAAGUAAACGAAGGGGCGUAUAAGGCAGCGGAGAAAGCAGAAGAUACAAAAGAAAGAGCCAAGGAGAAAGCAGAGGAUACAAUGGACAGUGCAAAAGCAAAGGCUCGAGAUGCUAAAGAAAAGGUUAAAAAGUAUGGAGAAGAGACUAAGGAGAAAGCAGAAGGGUUUAAGGAGACCGUGAAGGGCAAGGCGGAAGAGCUUGGAGAGAAGACGAAGGAGACGGUGAAAGGAGCUUUGGAGAAUACAAAAGACACUGCACGGACUGUGACUGAAGCUGUGGUUGGGCCUGAAGAGGACGCGGAUAAGGCACGAGCUGAUAUCGAUAAAGGUGUUGAAGAUUUAACUAAAAACUAGCCUUCGCGCGGAUGUCAUAUUUUGAUAAAAAUAAAUAAUUUAUAUACACUCUAAUACUAUAUAUAUAAUAUUUACUAUAUUACAUAUAUGUUUUAUAUGACAUGUCUACACAUAAAAUUCUUAUUGUUUAUACGUUGUAAUUUUAAGUGUCCCUAUAAUAAAUUAUUUUAGUUUUUUGUUUA